AAGAGAAGGAUUCCUUACAGGCUGUUGGACAGCAUCGAGAGGAGUUGACCAACAAGUGGCUGGAACUUGUCAUAAGCAGUCUUCAAAGUCCUAUUGUCCUCACUAGUGAAGAACCAGGAGAAAUUGAGGCACACAUGAUUAAAUUAAAGGAAUUGGAACAAGAGAUUCGAGAAACAGUGAAAGAGUCGGGCAAUGUCUGUUCCGGUGAUGAGGCAGGAAGAGGAGAUAUUUCGGAUAUGGGAUUCCAGGCAGUUCAUUUGCUAAAGAAACGGAAGCAAUGGCUGAAAAAGACUGCCCGAAAAUGGGUCGGUUUUAAUUCUAUUUGUCGCCGAAAUGUGCAGACUAUACUCGAACUGACCAGAAUAUUCAAUUUAAUUGCACAAAAUGACAAAGAAUCCGUUCAAUUUGUACAUUUUUGUUUAAUUUCAGGACAAUUAUGAGUUGUUAUUCUCAAACAUGGCCAACAUUAACAAACUCAGUGUCAUGUUAGGAGAUCUCCUCCAAGAAGGGCGUUGCGACGUGGAAAGCAUCAUGGAAUGUCGAGUAGAGAGUGUCCUCGAGUCCUGGGACAGUUUGCUUUCAUUAGCCUUGCCUAUUUUAUCUUCAAAUCCGCCCACAAGUGCGGGGGUUGUUGUCAACAUUAUGUCCGAAGCAGUGCUAUUUCUUGAGCAAGUCAACUCUCUGAGUCU